AGUAAGUUUUAUAAUUGAGGUGAAGUUGGUUUUAUAUUCACACAUUCAGACUUUCUCCUUAAUAAAAUCAUUUCAGAAAACUGUUCUGUCAUAUUAGCAACCAAUGACUAUCAAAUCAGCAUCGUUUACAGUCAAUUAAAUAGUGCUAAUGUUGAUAUUUAAAUGUGAUUUCAGACUAAAUAUACAAAGUAGCAUGGAAAACACUAAGGAGCAUGUCACAAGUUGUGUCUGAAUGAUUGUGCAAAUAUUAAACCAGCUUUUCCUCUAUAAGUUAUCGUUUUAUAAACGUAUUAAAGCCAUAUUAGGUUAAUAAUGCAAAUAUUAGCUUUAUUACAUAUGCACCAUCAUAUAUGACUUCUGAAGAGCACUAAUGAUAAGAGGAGUCUGUCUUUCUACUGACACCAUCACUAAUGUACUUAAAUAGCCAAAAUGUUGUUUAAAUAUUAUGAUUAUAUGUGACUUCGUAGUUGAAUUAAAAACAAACAGGGCUUUGUUGCGAGCCACAAACCACAUAAACUGCACAAAGGCCCUGUUUCCCUCAGCGCUGACGCCAAGAUCAAGCGCUCACAUGACCGAUCACACAUUUUUAAGGCUGUGCUUAUGGUUUCAUGAACCAGGCAGUCUGAAUCAAGCCAAGCCUCAGGGCUGAUUAUUAGAAAGACAAGCUUGUUGUGUUCCUCUGAAAACCCCAUUGUAAUGAAACUCUUUGGAUUCCUGGGAAAAAAGGGAGCAAAGUUCAGAAAUGAUCAUUUAGUGCUGGAGUUUUUACAUUGAUAUGGCGUGAAAUUAUCAGUAGGUAUGUAAAUGAAUGUUUUAACAUGUUAUGAGCUGUGAUGUGUGCUCCAGGUAGCCAACCAUGAGUGUGAUGUGCUUGUAAAUCGCUUGCUGUGAGGAGAGAAGCGCGAUCAUGCACCGCCAUCCUCCACGCCAGAAGAGCUGCAGCUGCUAGAAGGACUCAGGGAAGUGUGUAUGUGUCGCUCUGGCCAUGGAUGACUUCACUACACGCACCUAUGGCACCAGUGGCAUGGACAACAGGCCUCUGUUCGGAGAGACCUCGGCCAGGGAUAGAAUCAUCAAUCUAGUAGUCGGUGGACUUGCAUCUUUACUUGUUCUGGUGACCAUCAUUAGCUCAUUCGUCUUUCCUUCACUGCCUCCCAAACCACUCAAUAUAUUCUUUGCCAUCUGCAUCAUGCUAGUCUGCGGCUCAGUGUUGGUUCUGAUAUACUGGUAUAGGCAGGGAGAUCUGGAGCCUAAGUUCCGCAACUUGAUCUACUACAUGCUCUGCUCCAUCGUUCUGCUGUGUAUCUGUGCCAACUUGUACUUUCACGAUGUGGGACGUGAUAAACAGAGCAAUGCCUUAUAAAAACCACAGGAAGCGCAGAAUGUUCAUCGUUAUGUGGGAGCUUUGGAAACCCACAUAAACCCCACCUGAAUUCUUGAAUCAGGAGAAUUCAUUUUCCUACAAGCCCCGUUUGUGUGGGCAGGCCAGUCUGCCUUUGGGAGCCAUAUUAAUGCACAUAAACAUAUUAUAGAUGCAAAUAUGUUAGCGAUCAGUAGCACUCUGGGAUGUCCGUGCACAUGUUUGCACCCUCUAUGCUGUACACAGCUUAACUUAUAUGCCAAUGUAAAGACAAGAGCAGAGUUUUUGAGAUAAGCCAUCCACAAUGCUUUUAUAUUUGUACAUGAUACAUCUACGGUACACAUUCCUAAUGAAGAAAUUGCUUAUUUUGUAUUUAAAUUAUUAGAAAAGCAAUCUCGAAUAAGAGCACUUGGUUAAAAACAUGCAGCGGUUGUUGAGAAAUUGUUUGUUUUUUUGUUCAUUUUUUUCUAAAUUAAUGAACAGUGUUCUUUGAUUGGGUGAAAACCUUAUAUUUUUGGUUAUAACCUGGUGUAAUUUGGUUUUAUGUAAUGAAUAAAUACAUAUACACUGUG